AUGGGAGAAUUUGAAAUUCACACUCCAUUUCACCUUAGCAGUUCUACUUUUGGAAGAUCCAGCGCGCGGCGGGACCGCAGCCGCGUCCGGAGCCCCGCCAGGUCCACACGUCCGGCCGCACCUCGGGGCUGCCCCGGAGACGCGCCUUUGCGGACACGAGGAGCGGCGAGGGCGCGGGAGGGAGGCGCCGGCGUGAGACCCCGGGGCCCCGCCUCGCCCGGAGGACCGCGAGGGACGCGGCCGCCGAGGCGCGCGGACGGAGACCGCCUCAAGGAAGGCCGGGCGGCCCAGCUGGACCCCGGGUCCCCGCCACAACCUGCGGCCCCGCACUGCCGACCCACCUCCGCUGAGGCUCCGCACGCUCGGGCCGCACCGCGUGCUCGGACGCCGGCCUCCCUCCCCGCCACACACCCGCCGUGUCGGAAACCGCGCGGCUUCUCUCGUCAGCCCCGGUCCCGGAGCCACGCGCUCUCCCUGCGGUCGGUCUCCGGCAAACGGCUGUCCCGACGCCGGCGGAGAGAAGGACUCCGCUCGCGACCGCCGCUCCGCCAAGACUGCAGGUCCUGGGCGCUGCGCGUCACACGAGCCUCUCCCGGGCCGGCCUCGAGGGGCAGGACAGGGCCGGGCCCCCUCGGCGCCGCCGCUCCCGCCGGGUCGAGCCCCGCACCCCCGCGUGCGGCCGGCGGACCCGCUCCGGGCGGCGGCGAUUCAAGGUGUCGCAGCCGGCGACGCGCAAGUGCGCGGGGCGCGCGGACGCACCUCACCGCCCUCGCGACCCGCGCGGGCCCCCCGCCCCCCGCCCCCUGCGGCCCUCGCGGCCCCGCGUCCUCCCCCGCGGGCGGUAACGUCCCGGCCGGCCGGAGCCGCCCAGACGCCCAGGCCCGAGGGCCCGGGAGGAGAGGGGCCGCCUCCCCCGAGGUCCCGUCCCAUAUUCGGCUCCCGAAACGCUCUGGGAGAAACGGAAGGGGAGAGGUGGAAAUAGAGCCGAGGGGAAGGAACAACUGCAGGCCAUUUCCUUCUCUAAACGCGGCGGAAGAUGAAACCGGGGUCCCGUGGCUGCCGAAGGUAGCUUUGGAAGAAAGCUUGGCCAUUGUGGAGACCCAGACACAUUUCUCUUCCACCUUUCCUUUUAAAGGAGGCAGUAAGAGGGUUCUUCAUGAGAAAAUGCUCCAACUAAAAGCUGGGAUGCAGCAGCCACUAGAGAAGGGACCUGCUGAGAGGAGAGUGGAUGAGCAGCAGACUCAGCCUGAAGAGGCAGGAUCCUCCUCUGUGUCCCACAGUGGGAAAUACCACUCCUUGAUCCAGGAUCAGGCUCGGGAGUUGACCCACCUGAGGCAAAAAAUGAGGAUGGGGAGAGCUUUCUCAUCCCUUCUCAUCCAGCAUGUCAGGAAUACCAUGAAAACCUUUGAGGAACUCCUUAGCAGCAAUAAAGUUGACCACUACAUGGAGCAGCACUUCCGUGAGCACCUGACCAAGGGGAGCCAGCUGGCAGAGAGCCUUGCCAGCAAAUUCGACACAGAUGCCUGUACACAUGAGAAGAAUGAAACAGGACAGAUGCUGAGGACCCUCAGUAUCCUAAGGGAGAUGCAAAAGAAGGGUAAAGUGACAGAAGUCCUAAAGACCAGGCAGGAGGCCCAGCCCCAGACUUUGUGCCAGAUCCACUCCAGAGACCAGGCCCAGUCUGCUGCCCAUUUCUCCUCCAGCAGUACUUCUCUGCUUCAUGAAGAGCAAGAUGUAUGCCCUUCAAUGGAUGUGGUCAAUGUCAGCCCAGCCACUCCUGCUGAUUCAGCUUCACUGCUCAGCAACCAUUCAGAUGCCAGAUCUACCCAACCCUUCUAUCCUCUGAGUGGCACCACACAACUGAGUGGGAUACCAGGCCCAGGGCACCAUGGCAGCAGUGGCCUAUGGGACAAGAUGAGGCCUCAGAAAAUGAAUGCAUCUGGGCACCUGUCCUCCUUCUCCUCUUCAUACCAGCCCAACUCCAAGCCCUCUGGGGCUGACCUACUGGAAAAGAAUCUUGUCGAGAUCCAGAACCUGCGCCAGCGCCUGGAGGAGUCUAUCUGCAUCAAUGAUCGCCUGCAGAAGAGGCUGGAACAUGUGCUCAGCAACACCGAACAAGGAAAAAGCACCAGACAGUCCAUUCCAGGUGUCUCCCUUGCAACCCCUCAUUCAUAUGCUCAGAGUCACCCUUUGCGCUCUGCUCAAGACGUCUUGUGACAUGAUGUCUGGAUGUCUAGAAGAAUGGUCUCCAGAACUUUCCAGCCCUAUCAAACAGCAUUCUUGGCUGUGAACUUGGAGGUAUCUUUAAAUGAAUGGAUCAAAUUAAUAAAUUCUUAUUUAAAAACUGUU